AUGAAUCCGAUUGAUAAUAACACAACGUUUAAACCACUCCCUCAACACGUUUUGGCUGACUUAACAGACGAGGAGUCGAGCGACUUUCUUUUCGAAGACCAACCAAUGGAAGGGUUUGACUCGAUGUCAGAAGACUCAGAAGACAGUGUUAUACACUACGACCUUAUAGUGCCACCUCGUGACUCUAAUCCUAUCAAGUCCGUCUUCUCGGCACCCUCCUUUGGUUGCGACGAGUUUCAAACGCUGCAGACCACUCCUCAGACCGAACCCAAACGUCGGACGCAAACCAUAUUCUCGAGACUCAACGACCUUCCCACAACGCAAUUCACAUUCACGCUUCCAUUUGUUGAUAGUAAUUUGUAA